AUGCCCCCAGAACUCAUCCCCGAUGAUGAAGACUACGCCUCUUCCGAAGACUCUGACUUUGCGCCCGAUGCCGCACCUGUCGAGGAGGCUUCCUCGGACGAGGAAUCGGAAGCUGAGGAGGCGACUGUGAAACAGAAAUCCAAAUCUGCGAAGAGGAAACGAGGGCAGGAUGACGAGGCUGAAGAUGCAGGGUUUGAAAAUUCUGGAGAUGAGGCGAUCAUUGUGAAGGGUCUUAAGAAGCAGAGGAGGAAGAAGGACAAGGAGGCGGAUGAGGACGAAGGUGGAGAGGGAGGCUUGAUCAAGACGAGGAGCAUGCGAGCUUUGGAGAAGAUUGAAAAGAAACCUCUCGCUGAUGCGUCCGCCGCAACAAUAGAUGUCGAUGCAUUAUGGGCAGAUAUGAUAUCUGGCAAAACGAAAGCAAAAGGACCCGAAAACAAUCAAUCCACGAACACCAGCACACCGAUCGAUUCAAGCGGCUCCUUGAGUCCAAAUACAAGACGGGAUGGCCUACAUCCAGAUCCCAAGGAAGCUAGAAAAGACUCAAGAUCGCCCAGUACACUGAGUGAUGGGCCUGAUUCCAUGAUAAUGAUCAAACGAACCUACAACUUUGCCGGAAAAGUCCACAUAGAACAAAAGCUGGUCCCCCGGAACUCCGCAGAAGCAAAGCUAUUCCUCGCCUCUCAAGACAACUCUACCAAACCCGCAAUCGAAGAUGCCUUAUCAUCCAUUAAACCCAAAAGACCGACCAAGAAGGCCCGGAGGUCUGUAUUUGAGCCAGUGUCAGAUAUACCGCCAAGGACUGACUUACAUUUCGGUGUGAGAAAGGACAGCGGGGUGCAGAUUACGGCAUUGACCAAGGAUGCGAAGAAGCUGAAUACCGUGGAGAAGAGUGCGAUGGAUUGGGCGGGCUUUGUUGAUAAGGAGGGCAUUAAGGAUGAGUUAGAUGCGGCUGGUAAAUCGAAAGGGGCGUAUAGGGCAAGACAGGAGUUUUUGGCAAGAGUGGAACAGAAAAAAGAGGAAGAGGCGAGAAGAGCUAGGGGGUUAUGA